CCCCUUAGCUGCUAUCCUAGCCGAAGCUUCAGGAGUGCUGUAAAAGAUUGGAGGACGCUCAUUUCUGUGUUGUUCUGUAGUGCCACCGCUUUCGCUGCGGACAUGGCUUCUGAUGGCUUGGAUGAGCGAUCUCCCCUGCUGUCAGAACCAAAAUCCGGGAAUGCCACACCUACAGCUCCUCCAUACCUAGGAGACACCAGUCCCAGAGCUGAGCUCCCUCCCCCGUACACAGCAAUCGCUAGUCCAGAUGCAGGGGGCGUGCCUGUGAUUAAUUGCCGGGUGUGUCAGUCUCUCAUUAACCUGGAUGGAAAGCUCCACCAGCACGUGGUCAAGUGCACCAUCUGCAAUGAAGCCACGCCCAUCAAAAACCCACCCACUGGAAAAAAGUAUGUGAGAUGUCCUUGUAAUUGCUUGCUAAUUUGUAAAGACACAUCCCGGAGGAUAGGAUGUCCGAGGCCCAACUGCAGACGUGUCAUCAACUUGAGUCCUGUGAUGGUGAUCCCAGAGGAGCAGCCAGCCCAGCCAGCCCUGCCCAUCCAGCCUGAGGGCAUGCGUGUUGUCUGUGGACACUGUGGGAACACAUUCCUGUGGAUGGAGCUCAGAUUUAACACAUUGGCCAAGUGUCCACACUGCAAAAAAAUAUCUUCCGUUGGCAGUGCCCUCCCACGAAGGCGCUGUUGUGCCUACAUCACUGUUGGCAUGAUCUGCAUCUUCAUUGGUGUUGGCUUAACUGUGGGAACCCAGGACUUUGCAAGACGUUACCACGCCACUUACGUGUCUUGGGCUUUUGCAUAUCUCCUGGGUCUGAUCUGUCUGGUACGGGCCUGUUACUGGGGAGUCAUUAAAGUUAGCUAUCCAGAAAACAGCUUUGCAUAGACUGCAUGUCUGUCAAGCACAGGCAAUCGUGUAUUGUUCAUUUUAUUUGGAUUCUGCUUAGGGUCUGCCUAUGCUGGUCUUCAAGACAGCAGUCUUGAUUUAAAUAAUGAAAUCAAUACAGCAAUUCUGUAAUUAAAUAGUACAGUGAUCUGAUAGUAUUCUUCUGGGUGGGUAUAUCUGCUGGAUUUCCCUCUUGAGGGCAAGUAUUUGCCACAAAUGGAUAUUUACAUGUUUUAAGUGCUGUUGUUACAGAGUAUACCAAAAGAGUUAAUCUUUUUAAACACAAUUGCUCAUUGCACAAGUGUUAUGCAGUAAUUUUGUUCUGCUGCUAGAGUAUUCAGCUGUUAGCAGCUGAAAAUGUGUUAAUGGUAAAUGGUCGAAAUUUCCUUAUUUUAAAUAAUUCCAAUAAUUAUUUAAGAAAUUGAACAAAACUGACCUUGACAUUUGUUCAGUACUUUUCUGCCAUUGUCAGUAUACUUGCCAUACGCCUUUAUUAGCCUUUUAGAAACUGACAUUUUAAAGAUCCUCUGCACAUUCAUGUCUUAUAUUGGCUAAUUAAAAGGUGAAAAAUUGUGUGUGCAUGAUUUUAUUUUACACCAUUUUAUGCAUUUUCCAGCACUUACUGUUUAAGUGUUUUGGCAUCUUUGUUCUCCCUGUUUAUAGUGUAUGUCAGUCCUUUCUCCUCAGAACUCUGUGAAACUUUGAUAGUAUUGCAGAAGUUCAGUGUUCCUCUGAGAAAAAGGGCACAGCUAAUCUUCUGAAUGUGUAGACCCAAACUCUUUGUACACACAUACAUACUGAUGUUGUUGGGUGAGUUGGAGUAUACCUUGUGUCUUUUUAAAAUAAUAAUUUAUCAAUAAAACUUUAAAAUGAUUAACUCCUUAUUUGUGCCUGUCAUGAUUCAACAUGUUAUGGGUAUCUGCUGAUGGUUAAAAUAAGUUAGAUGUUAUAACAGUACAGCUGUGAGACAUAGUUGGGCACUUGGGCUUUUAACUAGAUGGUUGCAGGUGCAGUUCCUAGGUGGGGCAGUGCAGCAGUAAAUAUGAAGGUGCCAGAUUUAUGAUUUUUACAUUGAGUGUCUAAAUCAAAUGAUGUCAUAUUUAUAUAGAAAAUUAUAUUUACUUCAAAAUUAUAUUAUUUGAUCACAAAAGUACUGAAUCUCAUUGUGCAGACCAUACCCUGUUCCAAACUGUAGACACUGUUGCAAACAAUGGCCUUUUUUGCAGCAAAGUCAAAUUCUGGAGGAUGUCAACAGUAAUUGGAGAACUGUUACACCACUGAAAAAAUAAAAUUGAUUAACCAGCUCCAUGAACGUGUUGCCUGAAGGUGUAAAUUAUUAAAAGGAUGAGCAGUUUGAAGAACAACCUAAGUGUGGGGUCAUGAAAAUGGAUAUACUCAUUUCAUUGUAUUUAUUAUACAAGAAAAAAGAAAUUUAUACACCAACAAAUGGUUGUAAGAAAACGUUGGCCCUACUCAGCAGAAUUACUGGUUUCCACUUUGCAGAGGGUUCCUGUAAAGGAGAAUGAAGGAUUAAGGAAGGAGAGAAUGGAGCGAAUAGAUAAAUAGAAUAUAAGACUCGUUUCCAUAAUAUGAAGGUAUUAAGUCAACAUGAAUGUCUAUCCCUCGUGUGCAAUAGAACCCUCUUGUGGCAUGAAAAAUGAACUGUUUUCCUGAGCAAGUGGAUACUGACCUGUUCUUUGGCACUUGGUGGCAAGUGCACGGUAAACUUAAUGUUACACCUUCGCGAAAGUUAAGCCUAAAAAUUAUUAAUGAUGACUGAUAUAGUUAUUAUACAUAGUCAGAGGUUAAAAUGGGGAAAUAACUAUCUAAGAUAAGUGAUUACUCUAGGCUACUCAUUUAUUCAACGCCUGGGGAAGCUGCAACCCUGGUAUUCAAACGCGUAACUUAGGUAGCCUAGAAUUCAGUGCUGGAAAUAGGCAGGGUGUAUGUAUAUUGCUAAAUAAUAAAUAAAAUGUGGACAUUAACAUAUGGCUGAUUUGUCAUAAAAUCUGUUUUACCUUAAGCACCAAAAGCUGUUUCCUAUAUUUUGUUUUAUGCAUGGUUAAUCUGAAAGAGGUUAUUGUAUUGAAUAUUUAUAGACACAAGCUUGCAUCACGAACUCCGAUGUGUUUGGAAUUCAUGGCUAAUUAGAUUUAACGUUACAGCAUCACGGACAAAACUGCAAACGUAUCCCAGAUUUUACAGCGGAGGCAAGCAAGCGUCACGAGUUCAAAUCCCAACGGCGUGUAGUUUUCUGGGGCAGGAGGACUGGCGGAGCUCACCGCAUCCCUGUGGAGAGCUAGGGGGAGGCGGUGUGACUGGGAAAGGACCAGGAUCACAUGAGAUCACUGUGAGAAUCUGUCGUAUGACAUGCAGUAAAAAAUCUUUGGCUGAUAGCGCUACAUAUUACAUACAAGGCUAUAUUUGUCAGGGGAAAAUGGAAGUGUCAAGAAGAAGGAUCUACAACAAGCACCUCCAGCCAGCAAGGCCUCUGCGUCGCUUGAAUAUUGAUCCUGAACCUCGAAGAAAUGUUGAAAUUGAGACAUAUACAUGCUCACACACAGAGGACAAACCA